AUGAACAAGAAAUAUAUACUAUGUAUAUUUGUUGUAUUAAUAACUAUAACGAAUUCAAGUUAUGCGUCUCCAGCAUAUUCUAAACUUAUGAGUAAAAGAGUAACAUCUAUACCUAUGAGUAUAACAUUUAAAACUCCAUCAAAAAUAGGAGCGAAUAAUACAGCGAAAAUUCUUGAUGAUGAUAAUAAUUUAAAUGCUGUCGGAAAAUUAGACAUUGUAAAAAAUGACGGGUCAUCUGAUUGUUGUACCGCCUCUGUAAUUAGAACUGAUAAUGGAAAUAUUGCAAUGACCGCUGCACAUUGUCUUUAUGAUUUUAACACUCAGACGUGGAAUUCUGAAGCUUAUUUUUAUCCUGGGUACAACAAUGGACAAGAAGGACCAGUUGGAAAAGUUACGGUUAAAGAUGGUUAUAUAUUAGUAGAGUUUACGGAAAAUCCUAUAACGUACGAUUUUGCCUUUAUAAAGCUUGAUUACCCAGAUGGAAAAAAAUUACAAGAUGAUACAGGAGCUUUCGAUUAUGAUCUCGAUAUACCUCGUGAUAAUUACCCAGUUAAUGUAUUUGGUUAUCCGAUAGAUGGUGAUAUGGACUGUGCCAAAGAUGGACAACAUCUUUGUGAGUAUGAAGGACUUUCAUUUGAUAUGCCACCGGAUGUUCCAAAUCCCCAGUCAUAUAGAGCCAUUACUAUAGAUGUUGGUCAAUGUUCAAGUGGGGGUCCUUGGGUGAGAAUUUUUAAUCCAGAUACUAAAACAGGUAAUGUAAUGGGUGUCUCACAUGUAUUGUGGUGA